AUGCCAUUCUCCGGCCCGCCUGGCGUACCUGUUAUGAUGCCUCCAGGCGCACCUGUCAUAGUGGCUCCAUCACCGAGGCCAGUGUCCGGUGUGAUGCCGCCAAAGAGCACCACGCUGUACGUGGGCAAGAUUGCGCCCACGGUGGAUGACAGCGUCAUCAGAGCAUUGCUGGAGGCCUGCGGUCCGAUCAAAUCCUGGAAGAGGGUGCAGGACCCGGAAACACAGCAGCCCAAGGGCUUUGGGUUCUGCGAGUAUGAGGAGGCGGACGGAGUGCUCAAGGCGCUGCAGCUGCUCAACAAGCUGUCGCUGGACGGCCAGGAGCUGCUGCUCAAGUGGAACACAGCCACUGAGAAAUACAUUGAGGAGCUGCAGGCCAGGAAGGAAAGGGAUGCCGCGGCAGCCAAGGCCAAGGGUGAGCCAGCCACGGCAGGGAGUGGGGCGGAGGAUGGCGGGUCAGAUGGUGCCGCCGAGGAGGGCGAAGACGCGGAGGCCAGCAGGGAGAAUGCCAUCCUAGAGAAGAUCAUGGCCAUCGUGAGCGAGCAGGCGUCCAAAGCCUCGGCGUACAAGGCCGCGGACCAGUUCCUCAGCAGCAUGAGGGACGACCGCGGCCGCCGCCGCGACGACGACCGCCGCGCCCGGCCGUCCCGGGACGGUGCCGAGCGCGCGUCCGAGCGGCAGAUGGAGGCCGAGUUUGCGCGGGAGAAGGAGCGCGAGAAGAGCCGCCACAUGGAGCUGCAGCGCGCCUACGAGGAGCGGGAGCGGUCCUGGUUGAAGCACGAGAGGGAUGCCAAGGCAAGGGCCGAAAAAGAGCAGGAGCUGGAGAGGGCAGCUUACAAGGAGCGCGCAAGGAGAUCUCGUGCAAGUUUGGAGUAUGCUGACAGCGAUGGUGAGGAUGAGCCUUGGGCACGCAAGCCCAUUGCAUCCAGUCAAAGGGCACAGGCCAGAAAACGUUUGAGGGAGAAGGAAGAAGAGGAGGAUGCAUCGGAUCGCAUUGCUGAGACAUAUGAGAGAGCAGCCAAGGCACAGCGAGGGGAGUCCAUGGAUGGGGAUCACAGCUACCAAGAGAAUGGGGCAUCUCAUCCCUCAACCUCCGGAGAUGAGAAUAUGCAUGUGGACGUCAAUGAUCCCAUCUACCAGGCGAGCACUGCAAUCGACCUCAAAUAUUAUAUUGCCAUGGUAGCAGCAGCUAAAGAGCAGCCAAAGCCUGUUGCGCUGCCGCCUCCGCCUCAGAUAAGUGCAGAACAACUGGAGAAGGAGCAGGCUCGGCAGCAGGCGGAGAGCAGCAGACGGACUGCCGCUCGACCUUCGCCUGCUCCUGACAGCUCACAAGACACCUCUUCACAGCGCCCCAGCAGGCCACCAAGCAAGCCUCUUCUGUCAGUGUUUGGUGGCGAUGAGGAGGAAGACAAGCCCAAGAGGAAGCUCAUCCCUCUCACCUACACCGAGGAGGAGAAACAAGCCAUGCAGGAGACACAGGCAUGUUUCCUCCACUGUCCGACAUACAUGCGAUGGAGCGGCCGGUUUUGUGCUGUUCCUUCUGCGGAGAAGCCCGCAGACAACAAGGCAACUCUCAAAAAGCUGAUGAAGAACAUCCCCACAGACAAGGACGCAGUCUUUGCCUACCCCAUUAAGUGGGAUGUGUACGAUAAGUACAGCUUCAGCAUGGCUCCCAAGCUGUCACAGUGGGUUUUGAAGAAGACAGCAGAGCUGCUGGGUGAGGAGGAGCUCAGCAUGGUGGAGUACGUCAUGAACAUGCUGAAGGAGCAUGUCCAGCCUGUGAAGAUGAUCGAGACGCUCUCCAGUGUCAUGGACAAUGAGACGCAGCCUUUCGUGCACAAGCUGUACUACAUGGUCAUCUGUCAGACGGAGAAAGCUGCGCUGAACAUUAUGGAUUAAUCUGCUGUUGCUACAAAUACAAGUUGAAAUGAAUGGGAUGGGAGAGCUGGCCACUGUAGCCCAGCCGGUUGCAUUGUUGAUGAUCUUUGUUGAACAAUUGAUGCUGCCUCGUCACAAGCAGAUCUGGCUUUUACAAGCAACCUGAUGUAAGCGGCUUCUGUUGAC